AUGGACGACCUCAAGGACAAGACGGUCAUGGUGGUGGGUGGUGUGGAGGAUAAUUGCAGGAAGGUCGCUGAGGCAUACGGUUUCAAGAAUGUAGUUAUACCUGGCGAUAUCAUGGUUGCUCACCCGGAUGUAUGGCCAUUCUCGCAGCAACUACUGUCCUACUACAAGACCUUUACUCGACCGCUACCCGUCCCUAUCGACGUUGACUCGCCAUCUAGAUCGCUCCGCAUCGAUGCAGUCUUUGUAUACAACGAUCCUCGAGACUGGGGGUUGGACGCGCAGAUCAUCAAGGAUGUCUUGUUAUCAGAGCAUGGCAUCGUUGGAACUUUGUCACAGAAGAACGGCAAUCCAGCUCUGGAGAAUCGUGGCUACCAACAAGAUGGACAGCCCCCACUAUACUUCUCAAACCCAGACCUGCUAUGGGCGGCAAAAUAUCACCUGCCACGUCUCGGUCAGGGCGGCUUUCGCGAAGCUUUCGAGGGUAUCUGGGCUGCGAUAACUGGCGGACAGACACAAGGUGUUAAGCUGCAGAAAGUCGUAAUGGGCAAACCACACCGACCUACGUACAAGUUCGCUGAGAAGCGUCUGAUAGCGCAUCGGCAUCAUUUGAUGCAAAACUAUGGUAGUCCGCUGGGUCAUCUGAAGCGCGUGUACAUGGUCGGUGACAAUCCCGCCAGUGACAUUGCUGGCGGUAACAACUACCAGAGUCCGCAUGGUACAGAUUGGGCUAGUGUGUUAGUGGAAACAGGUGUCUACAAGAAGGGUACAACACCGUCGCCUGAGCCGCGCAAGGUCGUGAGCGAUGUUUGGGACGCUGUAGCGUGGGCUGUCGCGCAGGAAAAGUGGGCAUCUUCAGCAGAUGCUCCGUGA